CACCAGUCGGACAGAAAGUAAGUGUUGUAGGUACUACAACAACAAUAACACAUUGCGAAUAUCGCGAUAACCGCACCAGCUGUGAUAACCGACUCUCGUCUGCCACUCCAUCGUAAUAAUUAUUUUAUUUAUUUUUCGUAUUAUUUGUUUUUCGUUUAUUUGUGUUAUUACGCUAUAAUUAUAUUGCCGAUUGUAAUAAUCGAAAUUUUACGUCGCAACGUUGUUGACGAUAAUAGGUAUACUCGGUUUUUUUCAAUGAUUUCGUCGCGAAUACGUCGAUAAGGUACGAUCGUGCCCGACCACUGACAGAUUUUAUUUCUCGCUGUCUUCGGUCCCGGUCCAUCGUCGUCGCCACAACUAGUAGGUACUUGAAACUCAUGCUCGAUAAUAAUAAAUUACUAGUAAUGACUACCGUCGCAUCUUAGCCGUUUACCUAUCGUUAUUAAAUCGUUUUUUCGGACUGGUUAAAACAAUAUUAAAUUAACGACGAUGAACAGUCACUGGCCGAUGUGCGAUUUUCCGCCCAUGACAGCAAAAAUGUGUGAAAUGUUCGGUGAAGCGGCUUCCGCCGCUGCUUGAUCGCAGAAUCAUGACAGUGUCAAAAUAUGGACCACGCAGGACCACUGUCGCCAACCACCGCCUCCAACGCGACACUGUCGGUGGACAGUUCCAAGGGUCGUCUGGUGGUCGAUCGGAUAGACUCCAUCAGGAACCUGUUCGGGUGUGAGCUGCGGAUCGUCCGCGGUGGUAGUGAUACGUCCGCGGCGGUGGUUUUUGCCGUCACCAAGUUGGACGAAUACGAUGGCAAGGCACCGGACGAUCAUUUGAUCGAUCGGUUAAAGUGUUACGUGGACUCGUUGGACGAACUGCAGCUGCAGACACUGGAUGAGUGCAGCAAUGACGAUUCGAGUUAUGACUCGGACUUUGGCGGCGACGAUGACACUAGCAGCAGUCAGCACUUUGGUGGCCAUCACGACAUCAGCCGUACCACGUCGGAUACGCUCGGUGCCGAGUACGCGGAUUACGUGAGCGCGGCCGCGUAUAAAUCGAGAGUGGACUUUGCGCUUAAGCUCGGUUACACCGAACGUUUGGUGCAGACAGCAAUCAGCAAGCUGGGCCCGGAACCCACGCAAGAUCAACUGUUAGCAGAAUUGAUCAAGCUCGGUGCGCAAUGUGGUCACAAAUUGCACUGCGAGUCGGACGGCGAAGAAGCUCAGUCAAAUAACUCUAACGACUCGCUACUCAGUCCUCAACCGCCUAAACUUCGGCAUGUCGUCAUCGAUGGCAGCAACGUCGCUAUGAGCCACGGAAACAAAGAGACGUUCUCGUGUCGAGGCAUCAAAAUCUGCGUCGAUUGGUUCCGGAUGAGAGGUCAUACAGACAUCACGGUGUUUGUGCCAAAGUGGCGAAAAGAAGCUUCGAGGCCCGACAAUAGGAGGAUUAUCGACCAAGAUAUCCUGACGGAAUUGGAACGCGCCAGGAUGUUGGUUUUCACCCCUUCCAGAGAGAUCGGCGGUAAGCGCAUGGUGUGCUACGACGAUCGGUACAUUCUGCGGUUGGCCUCGGAACUCGACGGCGUCGUCGUAUCGAACGACAACUAUCGAGAUCUGGCCAACGAGAGUCCGGCGUUCCGUUCGGUCGUCCAAAACAACAUACUCAUGUAUUCUUUCGUCAACGACAGGUUCAUGCCGCCGGACGAUCCGCUGGGCCGUUCGGGUCCCACCCUCGACGUGUUUCUCCGGAGCAAAGCGCCGGGCGUCGGUCUGACGGCCGUCAGCUCGGAGACCUGUCCGUACGGCAAAAAGUGCACGUACGGCAACAAGUGCAAGUUCAGCCACCCCGAGCGCGGUCUGCAGCCCGUCAAGUCCGUCACCGAGCGGCUGAUGGAGCACGCCCAGCGACAGGGCUCGGCCGGUGGCCGACAGAUCAAGGGCAAGUCGGUCAGUCUGCCGCUGCAGCAGUCCGGCUCCGGCAACAACCAGCAGAAGAAGCCGCUGACCCGGACCAUGUCCAACGUCCCGCCGCCGACGACCGGCACCGCCCACCCGACGACCCAUCACCACCCACAUUGGAUGGGCGGCGGCGGCGGAGCGUGGACGACGACUCCGCCGCCGAGCGGCUCGAACAGCGCGGCGGUGCAGUACUGCGGCAGGGCCAAUCCCGCGGAGUCGUCCGAUCCCGAGCCGGACUGCGGCGGCAACUUACAUCACAAGUUGCAGCGGCAACUGACGCUGAACCCGACCUACGACCCGCGGCUGGUGCACCUGCGGCAGAGCCAGCACUGCAACGUGACGCGAAUAGCGUCCGCUCCGCCCGUGCCCGUUCAGCACCACCAGCCGCCGAUGAACUUGCCGCCGCACACGGUGGCGGCCAGCUGUUCGGACCCGCAGAUAUUUCCCGGGUACCACGAGGCCAGGCAAAAGCUGUACUACCAUCUGGCGUCCAUAUUCCCGGAGGAACAGGUGUCGGCGGCCAUGCAGUACUACCCGAACGAGACCAAUCCCCAGAAGAUUUGCGCGGCCAUCCUGAACAUGUUCUCGAAAACGUGAUCGACGUGAACGCGCGACGACGACACGUUGUCUGUUGUUCACUGCAAGUGAUUUUGUCUGACAAUAUAUAAUAUUAUAUUAGCUCUUAUCGACAAGACGGCGACACUCGAUACAAUGUAUCUGAUUAUUAGUGUUGAUUUAUUCUUAAAUCAUGUAUGAUAUUAUCUGUGUAGACUAUUAUGUUAAUUUUGUUUAAGUUUAUUUUGUAAGCCGAUAUUUUUAUAUUUCAAUGUUUUCGUUAACGUGUCAAGAUGACGACAAAUCGCGGUGUAUAAAUAAUAAAUACGAUUUAAAAUUUUUUUUUUUUUAUUA